AUGCCUUCCAACGUCGAGGGAAGCGCCGCGCGUGGCUUUCCCACGAUCAAACAUGUCCGCACCUUCAUCACGCAAGGGCCAGGGUCUGGCGGCGACUACCACAAUGUGCACGGCGGCCAUUGGCUGAUAGACAGCAAGAUCUCCACGCCCAUGUCCCAGUACGAGAAGUACAGGAAGUCGCGCACAAGUUGGGGCAUCAAUGUGCUUGGCUCCUUCUGUGUGGAGCUCGAGGCAACUGAUGGGACCAAGGGCUUCGCGACUGGUUUCGGAGGUCCGCCAGCAUGCUGGCUUGUUGCGGAGCACUUUGAGCGGUUCCUGGUCGGGCAAGACCCCCGGGACACGAACCACAUCUUCGAGCAGAUGUAUCGCGGAUCAAUGUUCUACGGCCGAAAAGGUCUACCAGUCGCCGUCAUCUCCGUCAUCGAUCUUGCCAUCUGGGAUCUCCUAGGCAAGAUCCGAAACGAGCCUGUAUACAAGCUGAUUGGCGGCGCGACACGGGAGAGGUUGAACUUCUACUGCACUGGCCCUGAGCCGUCGGCAGCCAAGGAGAUGGGUUUCUGGGGUGCAAAGGUUCCUCUGCCAUAUGGCCCUGGAGAGGGUUCCGAGGGACUGAAGAAGAACGUGGAAUUCCUCACAAAACACCGUGAGAGCGUUGGUCCCGACUUCCCCAUCAUGGUCGACUGCUACAUGAGCCUGAACGUACAAUAUACCAUCGAGGUUGUGAAGGCGACAGAACACCUCAACCUUAAUUGGUGGGAGGAAUGUCUUUCACCUGACGACACGGACGGCUUCGAAUUGAUCAAGCGUGCACAUCCGCGGAUGAAGUUCACUACCGGCGAGCACGAAUACUCAAGGUACGGAUUCAGGAAGCUGAUCGAGGGUCGCAACCUGGACAUACUCCAGCCGGACGUGAUGUGGGUAGGAGGCAUGACUGAGCUACUGAAGAUUUCGUCAAUGGCUGCCGCAUACGAUAUCCCCGUCGUCCCGCAUGCCAGCGGACCAUAUUCAUACCACUUUGUCGUCAGCCAGGCAAACUCACCAUUCCAGGAGUAUCUUGCAAACUCUCCAGACGGCAAGUCCGUGCUGCCAGUGUUCGGUGAUCUCUUCCUCAAUGAGCCUAUCCCUACCAAGGGUUACCUCGAUGUAUCCAUUUUGGAUAAGCCUGGGUUUGGUCUCGAACUCAACCCGAACGCUCGGUUGAUUGAUGCUACGAACAUCUUGAACCCAGCACCGGCCAAGUCAUUGAAGGCUCCGGAGCAGGCACCCGUCAAGGCUGGAGAGGCCGAGGCCAAUGGCGUGCAAGCAAACGGCCACGCUGCGUAA